AUGGGGCUGUGUGGCCACCUGGCCUUCACCCGCUUCAUGCACUCCAGGAAGCCAGCAGGGACAGCCCUGAGGGUGCAGCAGAAGGACAUGCAACUUGGCCAAGUGCCCGUGCGGGUGUACCAGCCCCUCGUGCCACGUCCCAGCCUGUGCCCAGCCAUCAUCUUCUUCCACGGCGGUGGCUGGUGGAGCUGCAGCAUCGAUUCCCAUGAAAGGAUCUGCCAGUACAUGGCCAGGGAAAGCAACUCGGUGGUGGUGUCUGUUGGGUACCGUUUAGCCCCUGAACACAAGUACCCUGCGGCGUACGAAGACUGCCUGAACGCCACCGAGCACUUCCUGAGCGGGGGCAAUCUAGCAGCUGCUGUUAGCCAGACCCUUGCAGGCAGGUCAGACCUCCCCAGACUCCGUGCUCAGGUCCUGAUCUACCCAGGCCUUCAGGCACUGGACUUCAAUUUACCAUCCUAUCAGCAGAAUCAGGGAGUUCCUCUCUUGUCCCGAAAGCAAGCUAUUUUCUGUGCUUUGCUCUACCUACAUGGGGAGGCAUCAAACCUUGAAGAUCUCUUGGAAGGUUCUCAUAUUCCUCCAGACAUGAGGCUGAAGUACAGGAAGUGGGUGAGUCCAGAUAACAUCCCUGAGAGAUUUAAGGGCAGAGGCUACAAACCACACAAGCCCCAGGAAUUCAAGGCUGAAGUUUUUGAGAAAAUGAAGAGAAUCUCUGAGCCCACCCUGUGCCCACUGCUGGCUGAAGACACAAUUAUUCAGCAGCUGCCUGAGUCUUUCAUCCUGACCUGUGAGUACGACGUGCUGCGGGACGAUGGGUUGCUGUACAAGAAGAGACUGGAGGACAACGGUGUUCGAGUGACCUGGUACCACCUCGAGGAUGGAUUCCAUGGGAUCAUAAGCCUUGGGAUCGUAAGCCUGUUUCAUCAUGCUGGUUUCUCAUUUCCAUCUGGGAAUAGGGGAUUGGACAAAAUUGUUGCAUUCAUAAAAAGCCUGUAA